GAUUAAAAUUGCUAACCGUUUACAGUCCAACUCGCAUUCUAACACUUAAUGCCGGCCAGAGCACAGGCUAUCGCGGCUGCCCUUUGCAAUACGAUUAGCUGCAACACUCCAAGUAUUUAUUUGUUUUUUGUAAAAGAGAAAAAUUACGAGACUACUCGAUUGGAUUAAACAGUUAUGGACGUCAAAUCCGUUUCAAUGUUGUCGGUUACUGCCGUUGUUGUCUUGAUUCUGUCAGUGCUUUGUCAAACUGUGUUUUCCAAACCCGCAUCAACAAAAGUCAGCAGGUUAUCUAAAUACGUUAAAAUAUGUAAAAUCAAUGAUCCUCAAUUUGAUCCAUGUGUGAAUAAUGCUAUGAAGGAUAUUUUUAAAUACGCUAAAACAGGUAUACCAGAAGCUAACAUUCCUAUAAUGGAACCUUUUAAGAUUCCAGAAAUCGAUUUAUCCAUAUUCCAAGCACUCAGUCCUCAAAUUCUCGGAUCUCGCCAAAAUGCAGACAAGUUCAGAGCAUUUGCUCGAAAUGUAAUCAUCCAUCAUGCUUCAGAACUUAAAAUCAACCGUAUUAAAACUGAUAUGAAGGAAAAAAAGUUUAACCUUAACCUCAACUUACCAUUUUUGGACAUAGUAGGAGAAUACGACGUGAAUUUAAUACUAUUUGGUCUACCUAUCAAAAGUAUUGGACCCCUCAAAUCUAAUGUCACUGACACUAAUGUUGAAUGCACGUUAAAAGGGCAGCUAGUAACAAGAAAGAGUGACAAAUAUUUAUUAUUUGACAAUAUUGACAUCAAAGUCGAUUUUAAAGACUAUAAUAUCAUCAUUGAAAACAUUUUCAAGAAAGACCAAAAUCUAAAUCGAGCAUUAAACGACAUGAUUAAAAGUCAAAAAAUGGAACUUAAGAAAUUAGUAAUGCCUAUGGUUGAAGAAAUAGCAGGUAAAAUGUUGCUGACUAUGUUGAAUCAAAUAAUAGGUAGUUUGCCAUAUACUGAAUGGUUUAUCGUUGAUGAAGAUUAGCAUUUUUCCCCCUUAAACAGUGUUUGAGAACAUGUUUUUCUUUUUUCCUCUUCUUGUCUUAUCUAUAAUUUAAGUGACAAACGUAUACCAAAUUGUAUUUUUUUAUUUUUACAAAAUCAAAACUAUUAUGGUUCGACUUAAGAAUGUAACAUUAAUUGUAAUUAUAACAUUCAAAAUUGUGGCACGAAAACUCGAGACUAUUGAAAUAAGUUGAUUUUCAAUUACUAUUAGUCUGGGAAAAGCUGUUCAUAAGUGAAGAGCUUAGUUAGUUUAUCGACAGUUUCCAUCACUAACUUUUCAACUACUUUCUGAAUUAUCGGUCUCAGUUCCGUGAAAAACAUAAUGAAGUUGGAGUUAAUGGCCGUAUUAAUAAUUUCUCCUAAAGAAAACAAUUAAAAAACAAAAAUUGUAUUAAAAAAAAAAUACUAUUUCAAACAUUGUAUAAUGAUGUUCAAAGUAAUCUAUCAUUGUUUGUCAAAUUUAAAAAUUAAAUUAAAUUACCUAUAUACAGAAACUACUGAUAGUAAUUAUAUAUUAGCUCAUCUUACAUAAAACUACAAGCGACCUUGACUGUGUAAUUUUCGCUUGGCUUAUUUUGUUUACGUGCAAAAGUCACCAUUCCUAGUUUUUGGCACAUGUAUUAAAAUCAUUACUUAAAUUAUAUGUUUGACUGAUAAUACUUAAGGAAGUAUCCUAUUUAAACUGAGUUGUCAGGUAAUUACCUACCCAUUAUUAUUCUUUUCGUUUCUGUGCCAAUUGUUCACGAAACGAUUAUUAGAGAAGUUUGUGUAUUUAUUAUUAUGUUUUAAUACAUUUCAGAUUAAUUUUAUCGUAUUAUAAGUUUAUACUGUAUUUUAAUUGCAUAAAACUGUAUGAAAUCGUUAAGGUUGUAUUUUAAAUGAUUAUGAUACACUUAUUAAAGUUAUAGUUUUCAUGUGUCGUA